AUGAGUGCCGAGUCUUUUCUGGACCAGGCUGAUGAAGCAGCUGGAGGAUUUUUGACGAAAUCGAGGAAGUACCUCCCCAUCGCUGCAAGAGCUUGUUUGAUGGCUUCGACGCUAGAAGACUCGUGGAGAUAUAUUCGAGAGUUUACCACUUACAAGACUUAUUUCUCCAAUCUUUGGAUGACCGAGGAACUUGAGCAAGACUGGCUCAUGGCAAAUCUGUUCAUCUGGCCACUCUGCUUCAAAUUGCUUCCUGGAUUGUUGAUGGUCACGAAUUUGUUAGACAAAAAAGUCCAGCAGCGAUUUUGUUUGUACAUGGUCUUCAUGAGCUUUUAUAACGUUCUUGCUCUCAAGGGCUACCCAGGAGGAGUAAACUUCAAUUUGUGGCAAUGCCAGCAAAUGUCCAAGCUUCUUACUGCAAUCAUCCUUGUUUAUGCUGAAGCUUGUGAAGAAUCGAAAAACCUCUUCGCUGGUCUACCACAGUUAGGACAGAAGUUUACGAAGCAAUCCUACAUGUCUUUGAUUGGGCGUCUUCUUUUUGGAUUUCUAUUCUUUUCGAAGAUUCACUUCAUCUUCUCUCACUGGCGAUUCCUCCUCGACUGGGUCGUCAAUUUGCCCUGCGUUAUUAUGAUCGUUUUGGGCUUCAAGACACGAUUCUUUGCAUGCGGAUAUGUCGCAACACUUCUAUUCGACAAUUUCUACUAUCACCGUUUCUGGGAUUACUGGGACCAACCAUUUGCUUAUGAGCAUGUGGCCUACGAAUUUUUUGCAAAUUUAACACUUAUUGGAGUCUGUCUGCAGUGGAUUUUGUAUGGACCUGGCGGUUUGAGUCUGGAUAAGCAGAUGAAGAAAGAAUGA